AUGGUCAACUACGACUACACGGAUAAGAAACAUCUAGACGCUGAGAAUACAGCAUGGGUUUCCUUUCGGCGUUCUGUGCUGUUAUCCGCAAAUGAUCAACUUCAAAAUGGUAGUGAGAUAGCAAAAUUGAUAUCCGAUUUCAAUUCGAAUUCCAAACUAAACACUCCAUUGGAGAAGACUGCCUACGACCCAAAGCACAUGAUUGACAUCGUUAUAAGCACCGUGGUUGUAGCGUCGAGAGUGUGCGGUAGAGACUUAGCAAAGUGCAAGGGGAUGAAUGCAUCCACACGUAAAACAAUCGUUGAUCAGAUGAAAAUCGCAGAGAUAAACGUCACUGAGCAUUUUAAAAACAUAACGUUUUACCCAUACACGACUGAAAUAAUCUCAUUCGACCCGGACGGAUAUCAAAAAUACAACGAUUUACGAGUAGAAGUAUACAAUGGAACAACAGGUGAUAUUUCUACUCCCUGGGUGUAUACAGCAGAGGGUAAAUUUGAAAAAUUAUUAAGGGCUGAAGGAGGAUAUUUGCCAUCUAACUGUUUGGAAACAUGUGAACAAUGCUUCAACAUAGAUGAUAUAAGAUAUUCCUAUCUUCCCGGAGACAUAAUUAUUUUGGGUCUAUUUUCCAUCCGUGCACACGGCGAAACAGCUUUCACAUGCGGAGAAAGAGACCAAGCUAAUGAUAUAAUUACAGUUUCAGCGUUUAUGCAUUCAGUUCAAGAAAAACGAAAUGGUUCUGGCAUACCGUUCGGAGCACUAGCUAUAGAUGACUGCUACAAUGGAAUGAACACGACUAAUUUUCUUUUCGAUCUUUUCAAUAAACGAGUAUUCAUAACAGAUCCAGCUACUAAUGCUAUCAUAGACAUGGACAAAGUAGUUGCAAUAAUUGGACCUGUUUCAUCCCCUGUGGCGCUUGUUGUUGGGGAUUUCGCUAAAUCUAUCAGUUUACCAAUAGUUUCAUACGGCGCUUCGUCACCAGACCUUGACAACAAACUCAGGUACCAAUAUUUAUUAAGAACGGUUCCCAGUGACCCUUUACAGGUCCGUGGCAUGGUGGAUAUGUUGGAAUAUCUUAAUACUACACAUGUUGGACUACUGUACUACGAUGACGCUUAUGGUAUCAAUGGAAAGGAAGGUCUACUAAACGAGGCAAAAACAAAACAUAUUUGUAUACGGGAACCAAUGAAAUUGACCCCAUAUAUGGAAGAAAAUGAAUUAGCGAAGAUUAUUACUAACAUAUUUCAAAUGGAACUAAGAGUUGUGUUGUUCUUUGGUACAGACACCCUUGCUAAACGACUUCUCGUGGAAUUAAAAAAGCACACAAAUCCUAAGCCCCUCAUAUUUAUUGCAAGCGAAGGCUGGGGCACAAAUAUUGAGCUGGUGGACAAAGAUUUGAGCAAGAAAAGUUUAGGUUCUAUUGUGUUUACAGUUUCUUCCAAAGCUUAUAUGAAUACAACUUACAAACAGCUAUUAGAACAGCUGAAUAUAACACAGACGCAGUACAACAGAUGGAUUCCAAAUUAUUUUGAAAAAAUCAACCGAUGUGUACUUAGAAACUCAUUUGAGAAAAGUUCCUCUCCAAUAUGUAACGAAAUCAAUAUGUCAAAGAAUCUAAGUGGUGAGUUGGUUAAUAGUUUAAUAUCGGACCAAAGAGCUGUGCAUGCUCGACUUGCCGUGCAUGCUGUAACAGAAGGAUUUAAAAGAUUCUGUGGCAGCAUUGCGUGCGCCCCAACCGUUCGAACAAAUACGGCCAGAUUUAUCGACGAAAUAAAAGCAGUGACUGUAAACAGUGACCGAUUAUUUGAUGAACAUGGAAACGGAAAUAUUGGCUUCACUAUAUAUAAUAUUCAGUUGACUGACGGUGGGCAUGCAUUUUACAAAGAGGUUGGACAGUACGGAACCGAUAGGAAACUUAAAAUAACUAAUCCGCUUCGUUUCUACGAUACCUUGGGAAACAACGUGUCGUUAAACUCGUCAGCCGAAUUUCGAAGUUAUAUAAAUUGUUUGAAUUACGUUGUCAAUAAUGGAGCCUGCAGCCAGACUUGCGGAGAAAAGACUACGCAAUUACCUCCGGUAACGAUACCGGUUACAAUAAUGACGACAUCUGCAAAUGAAAACGGCGAAGACAAUGCCUUCCGAAUAGCGCUCAUUGCUUUGUCGGUCGCUUUUGGUGUGUUUGUCUUGGUAUUCCUUGUGGUCACCAUACUUUUGUUCCGAUGGGUGAAACACAAACCGAAUUCUCUGUCUUCUGGAACUACAGGGUCUGCUUCAGGAAAGAGCGAUCUAGACACUAUGUACCACAUAUCCGGGUCAGGAUAUAUGACCACGUUCGAUAACGCUGGGUUUGACGUAAACAGUCUCCACAGCCACCCUCGAACGCCCAUCAGCACACGUGACACUAGGAUUAUACCCAACGGUCGAGCAAACAGUGUGUCGUCCUUUGGAAGUGGUCCUGUGCAGUACUCCGAUGUUCGAAUGCUGCAACCGUUUGGUGCUGUUGGGCAUCAUAUUCGACAACGUUCAAAUAUUGAAAUGCAUAAAGUUCACUUGGACUCAUUUGAGCGCCCGAGCUCUGUGUUGUCGGUACCUGUAGGCAAUAGCUACGGACUGAAGACAAGCCCUGGCAUGCGAAAGUACAAGCGACAAGAUCUUGCAAAUUUAGGAAAACAUAGUUCGAAUUCUCACCUAAUUGGUCCGAGCUCUGCUCCAGCUAACCAUCAGCAAUCUCGUCCGAGAGCCGUCUCAUCGCCAUCACGUCCGAGAGCCGUCUCAUCGCCACGAUUUAGGUAUCCUAGCGACGACGAGCACUACGUGUUGCCUAGCGACAUGCAGAGAUCUGCGCAUACGCGUAGAUUGGCUGUAAGCGAGGAUGAUCUGUUUUGUGCUUCAUCUAACUCUCCUGACAAUGCAGAACCGGUGCAGUACCAUUCGAGUUGUUUUACUCCUUGUUUUGGAGAUGAGAAUGCAGCGGUGGAUAAAAAUGAAUCUCAACUGAACUAUGCGACAUUAAUGGCCAAAGACAGUGAAGAUGGCGACGAUGUUGAUGCUAAUGAAUUUAAUGCGCACAUGUCGCAUAGCAGUGGAUCUUUGAGUGAAAUAGUAUUUGAAGACAUGGACUGUGUGAAUGGAAAUUUAGCUGAGUUAAAUAAUGGUUUCCAUGGUGGACGUAAGCAAUCGUCCAGGAAGGGGUCAUUGGUAAUAAGUCCAUCCGACAAAGAAGUGAUGAAAAUUAAUUAUCCAGAUGAUGACAUCACGUCUGUUUUGGUACAAGACCAUGCAAAGCCUAAAACUGAUAAUCACUUUCUCAAAAUUAAUAACAGGACUCCAUCUGGUAAUUCAACUUUGCCUGGACCAAGGUCCACAAAAGAGACUAUGGAAUAUUUAGGUUCACUGCAAAAUGUUCCCGAUAUCAUUAAACUUGACCAUUAUCCAUGUGAUGAUUCUGAUGGAGACGGCCUAGUGUUCACAAUUUAAGUUUGGUAUGAAAUGGCUGAUCCUUCUCAGAUUAAAAUCGCUGAUAAUUUGAAAUACAUUUUACUACCCGGUGGACUAACCGUUGUCACACACAAUGACAUUAUGCACAUAUGAUUUAUAAUUGUGUAUAUAUUUCAUUUUGGACUUUUUCCUACAGCCAACGAAUUUUUGUUUAAAUUCCGCUUUUGUUGAAAUAUUUUUAAUCCAAAAACUGUGAUACUCUAUAGUUUUGAUGACGAUUUUUCUCAUAACCUACAAGUGUAUUAAAAUACUCUUACAUGCUAUUAUUAUUGUGUGUUUGACGAUGAUAUGUACCUGCUUAAUAUAAUUGCAGUUCUGCGUAUUUUGUAUGCCAAUGUUACACUAUAUCACGAAUUGGAUUUAUGAAUGUUUGCUCAUAUAUUUUACGUAAUAUGUUUUUUAUUCCUAUUUCUUAAUAUAUAGCUUAAAUAUGGUUUAUUUUCAAUUUUUAAUAUUUGCUUCAGUCAAAUAUUACAUGAACACGUGACUUGUGUUACCGAUAUGUGUGUAUCACAUUCGUAACCUUGUUUGAUUGUAAUAAAACAUUUAACCCAUUUAUGCCUAGUGGACUCUCCCAUGCUUCUAAAUUGGAUCAAUUUAUUUCCAAAAUAAGGGAUGUCUAGUAUAUUUAUUUCUAUAUUUAGCAUAUUUCUUACAGAAAUUCCUUUAAGCAAACAGCGCAGACCCUGAUGAGACGCCGCAUCUGUUUGCCAAGGCCUAUUUUAUAGACGCUAGGCAUAAAUAGGUUAAGAAAAUCGUCUUAUUCCUAAAUAUUGACGACUUUUCAUACUUUGUUAUAAAGUACGCUUUAUUUCGUCAUUGUUAAAGGAGCCUUUUCACAGAUUUUGGCAUAUUUUGAAGUUUGUCAUUAAAUGCUUUAUAUUGAUAAA